ACCUACUGUGCUUCAGAACUAGUGUGGGUAUUGGAGAUACAAACAUGGAGCUAAUGUUCUGGAGGGGAACAGACAAUGUGGAAGUAAACAGAGGAAGGAGAAACGUCUCAAUACUGGCGCACAGCGCAUGCGUAGGGCGGGAGCGAGCGAAAUUCAAUUGCCUGCUGAUUUACCUGUAACUCAACCCGGGGGUCAUGGAGGCGUCUGGACGGUUUGUGGAAGCUGCGGCCUUAACUCCAGAGCAGGCCGCCCUUUACCAGAGAUAUGUGAAAGAGGCCAAAGAAGCAACUAAGAAUGGGGAUCUGGAAGAAGCUUUUAAACUUUUCAAUUUGGCAAAGGACAUUUUCCCCAAUGAAAAGGUGAUGAGCAGAAUCCAAAAAAUACAGGAAGCCUUGGAGGAGUUGGCAGAACAUGAAGAUGAUGAAUUCACAGAUGUGUGCAACUCUGGCCUGCUGCUUUAUCGAGAACUGCACAACCAACUGUUUGAGCACCAGAAGGAAGGUGUAGCUUUCCUCUAUAGCCUAUAUAGGGACGGAAGAAAAGGAGGCAUCUUAGCAGAUGAUAUGGGAUUAGGGAAGACUGUUCAAAUCAUUGCUUUCCUUUCUGGUAUGUUUGAUGCUACACUUGUGAAUCACGUGCUGCUCAUCAUGCCAACUAAUCUCAUUAGCACGUGGAUAAAAGAGUUUGUUAAGUGGACUCCAGGAAUGAGAGUCAAAACCUUUCACGGUCCGAGUAAGGAUGAACGUACCAGAAACCUCAGUCGGAUUCAGCAAAGGAAUGGUGUCAUUAUCACCACUUAUCAAAUGUUAAUCAAUAACUGGCAGCAGCUUUCAAGCUUGAAUGGCCAAGAGUUUGUGUGGGACUAUGUCAUCCUUGACGAAGCACAUAAAAUAAAAACCUCAUCCACUAAGUCAGCGAUAUGUGCUCGCGCUGUCCCUGCCAGGAAUCGCAUCCUCCUCACAGGAACCCCAAUCCAGAAUAAUUUACAAGAACUGUGGUCCCUGUUUGAUUUUGCUUGUCAAGGGUCCCUGCUAGGAACAUUAAAAACUUUUAAGAUGGAGUAUGAAAAUCCUAUUACGAGAGCACGAGAGAAGGAUGCUACCCCAGGGGAAAAAGCCUUAGGAUUUAAAAUAUCUGAAAACUUGAUGGCAAUCAUAAAACCCUAUUUUCUCAGGAGGACAAAAGAAGAGGUACAAAAGAAAAAGUCAAGCACCCCAGAGGUCAGACUUAGUGCAGAGAAUCCAGAUGUUGGUGCCAUUUGUGAAAUGCCUUCUCUUUCCAGGAAAAAUGACUUAAUUAUUUGGAUACGUCUUGUGCCUUUACAAGAAGAAAUAUACAGGAAAUUUGUGUCUCUAGAUCAUAUCAAGGAGCUUUUAAUGGAGACACGCUCACCCCUGGCUGAGCUAGGUGUCUUAAAGAAGCUGUGUGAUCAUCCUAGGCUGCUCUCUGCACGAGCUUGUCAUUUGUUGAAUUUAGGGUCUGUGCAAUUCUCUGUUCAAGGUGAAAAUGAAGGGGAAGAUUCCUCAGAUGUGGGCCACAUUGAUCAGAUAACUGAUGAUGCACUGAUGGAAGAAUCUGGAAAAAUGGUAUUUCUGAUAGAGCUGUUAAAGCGACUGCGAGAUGAAGGGCAUCAAACUCUGGUGUUUUCCCAGUCAAGACAGAUUCUGAACAUCAUCGAACACCUGCUAAAGAAUCGGCACUUUAAGAUACUGCGAAUCGAUGGGACAGUUACUCAUCUUGUGGAACGAGAAAAAAGAAUUAACUUAUUCCAGCAAAAUAGAGAGUACUCUGUUUUUCUGCUUACCACUCAGGUAGGUGGUGUUGGCUUAACACUGACUGCAGCAACCAGAGUGGUCAUUUUUGACCCGAGCUGGAAUCCUGCAACUGACGCUCAAGCUGUGGACAGAGUCUACCGAAUUGGCCAAAAGGAAAAUGUUGUAGUUUAUAGGCUGAUUACUUGUGGGACUGUAGAGGAAAAAAUAUACAGAAGACAGGUUUUCAAGGACUCACUAAUAAGGCAAACUACUGGCGACAAGAAGAACCCUUUCCGGUAUUUUACGAAACAAGAAUUAAGAGAGCUCUUCACCAUUGAGGAUUUUCAGCACUCUGCAACCCAGCUGCAGCUUCAAUCUUUGCAUGCUGCCCAGAGGAGAUCUGAUAAGAUACUGGAUGAACAUAUUGCCUACCUGCACUCUUUGGGGAUAGCUGGAAUCUCAGACCAUGACUUGAUGUACACACGUGAUCUGUCUGUUAAAGAAGAGCUCGACGUGAUUGAAGAAUCCCAUUAUAUUCAACAAAGGGUUCAGAAAGCUCAGUUCCUUGUGGAAUUAGAGUCUCAAAAUACAGAGCUUUUAACCAGAAGACAAAGAGCUGGAAAUGAGGGGACUUGGCUGACAGAACCCCUCUUCUCUUCUCAAAUGAAGAAGAAAUGCCCUGAACUGAAUAAACUGCAGCCUCGACAUUCACUACUUCUACCCACUUAUCAUACCCAGGAAGAAGAAAUCAGUUCCCAAAUGGCGAGUGUCAUCAUUGAUGAUCUGCCUGAAGAGAGUGAGAAUCAAGACAUCUCCAGUAUAAAGAUGAAUGUUACCGUCUCGCAAGACGGUAGUCACCCCCCCGAAAGGACAUCCGAUGCUGGUUCUGUAGCUGCUUUACCUGAGGGUUAUGGGAGUGUAGAUGAAAUCUGGACCAACUCGUUGGGAAUGGUUCUACAAACGGAGGCAUUGCGAGAGGGGCCAACACGGGGGACGCUGCAAGAGAACCCUCUGGGAGAUUUUAACUUUCUACCGAGCAAAGCAGUUGGAGCUGAUCUGGGACCAGAUCCAAAGCAACCAAACGCUGCUGAGACAUUACCACACUGCAACCUCUGGCCCGUGAGUCCCAUGACCCUUGAAAGUCAAACAGAACCUAACACAUCUGUAAUCAGAAGAGCCGAUGGCGACUUGUCAGCAUCCCACAGUGUGCUGCAGGACACUCAAGCAAAUGUGACCAAGUUGGAAGAGGAACGUAUAGCCUCCUCAUCGCAGUAUGCAUGUGAUUUCAAUCUUUUUUUGGAAGACUCUGCAGACAGCAGACAAAAUCUUUCCAGGCAGUCUUCACAGCACGCUGAGGACGAAAAGAGCUUGUGUGGUUCUGCAGCACAUUCUCAGGCAGAGCUUGAGUGGGACAAAGCACAUCUCAGUGCGGAUCUUUUGGAGACCAAUGACGAGCCGGAAGAAGUAGUGGGUAACGUGAGAGGCAGAAGGAAAGCCAGAAGGAUCAUUUCAGAUGGUGAAGAUGAAGACGAUACUUUUAAAGAUACUUCAAGCACAUAUGCACUCACCACCUCUCCCUUUCUGUUCUUACCUAUGAAACAGUUCGAUGCUUCGACUCCCAAAAGUGACAUCAGUCCCUCAGGAAGGUUCUUCUCACCAAACAUCCCUGAUAGUGUAAGUAAGUCCCUCCACCCUAGACGAUCCCUGGCUUCUAGGAGGUCUCUUGUCAAUGUGGUUUUAGAUUACGUGGAGGAUAUGGAGGAAGAGCCUGACAGCAGCAGUGGAGCAGAGGCUGCAGCAGGUGAUUCCAAGGAAGGAGCAGAGAAGAGCAGUGGCGAAGCCUCAGAGAGCACAGAAGGGCCUCCUGGUGAAACGCUGCCUUCAGAGAACGAGUCCUGCCGGUUAACUAGCCCUCCUGGUGACCCCGAGCCUUUGUCCAGUGGGCAGUCGCGUGAUUCUCCCCAGAAGGAGGCAGCAGAGUCUGGGACUGACUACGAGACUCUUGUAAUCCGUGGGAAAGAACUGAAAGAGCGUGGGCAAAUACAGGAGGCCUUAAACUGCUUCGUGAAAGCGCUUGACAUAAAAAGUGCCGACCCGGAAGUCAUGCUCAUGACGUUAAGUUUGUAUAAGCAACUUAAUAAAAUCUGAGACUAACCUGUAUGUUGGUAAAGUGAAAUGCUGAGUGUGAAUGCAUGCAUUCCUGUGACUGGGUCUUGGGGAGCAUGAAGCAUUUAGGCUUGAGGUGAGAGAGGUCUUGAAAAGCAAGGUUUUGUUUUUAACUGUUCUGUACAUUCAGCCUUUACCCCGUACUCGUUCCUACCUCCCCCGCUCCAUACAUACAUUCUAGAAUUCUGAACACUAGGUUAAUACCACUUUCCUUGAACAGUCUUAACCUUUUUCUUUUAGACACACUCAAUACACUCAACUCCGUUAUAUCUAGAAAAGUUUUUGUGAAGUUAUUCUGGCCAUUCUUAAUUUUAUUUUGGAAGGGGUCCCUUCUGUCUAGAUAAGAACAGUAAAGUUACUCUCAAGUGUUUCCUUUUCCAUUCACUUUCUUUCGCUGAGAUGGCACAAGCAAAUGCAUACAUAAGUUCCUGAGUUGAAGCAGGAGCUUACUAGAAUUCUAAAUCUAAGACUGGCUUAUUACCGUGCUAUUUCAUGCCCAUACAGCAGAAGGCUGGGCUCGGGUCCCUGGGGCUAGGCUCUGUUCUCCCUGGUACCCUACUCUGGAGUCACUUUGCCGCCAACUUUGCCAUUCUUCACUCACCACCAACUGUGCUCUGUCCCAGGCCAGUGCAUUGUCUUUGGGUGGUGGUCUGAGAAGGAGUUUGGUUGCCUCUCAGAAACCCCAAGCCCAGUAUAGCACUCUACACCCCGUACUCGAGACCCAGAACUAGCAUCUGUGGAGUACCUCCUGUGUACUGGGUACUAUACACAGGUUUCUUGUUUAAUCCUCGCCAUCAUCCUUUGAGUUUGACAGUGGCAUUUACAUUGAUUUAGUUGAGGAAACUAAGGCUCAAUGUGGCUGUGACCCACCCAAGAUCACAUAGCAGGGCGUGAAAUGGAUUUUUUUUUUUAAACCAUGUGUUACCUAGUGGAACAUUAUAAUAAACUGUCUUUACUGCACUGAAUGUACUGAGCUGUUUUUACUGAUGACACUUCAGACCCCAAAUCGGUGGAGGUUUUCCAAACCAAACAGCCUCUCAGGUUCUCUGCAGAGAGCCACUGGAUGUCCCACAGUCCGACUCAGUUUGGACACUACCUGGAGUUAGGGUCAGAUUCCACAGGUUUAAAGGCUCACUCUCAUAAA